GUCAGUUUCGCGCACAGCGCUUGCGCGUUUGACGUUUAUACGGCGGUGGUGUAGACACGAUCCAAUUAACAACUUUCUUUGCUUGUGUUUGUCCUGUGCAAAAACAAUGUGAAAAGUGGUUGUUAAAUUAUAUUUCUUAGUAACUCGUAUCCUUUUGAUCAAAUAUAAGACGCGAAAUGUGGAGAUGUUUUGAUAUAAAAGUGGAGAAGUGUUGUGAUGAAGUGUAGUGUCUUAAUUCGAACAGUCAUAAAGGAUACAUUGUGAAAAGAAAAUGCGGAUCAAGGCGCAAACAGAUUUUCGCCCGAAUGGGCCACCGCCACGGUUGGGGCUGAAGGCGAGCAGCCCCAGCGUAGCAGACGAAGACUGCAAUAGCAACCCCAGUCUCGCCGGCAGUCAACACUCCACACACGAUGACCUCGACGCACACUGCGAUAACUCUGGAUAUCUGUGGUUUCUCGACUACAAUCCGAUAUUCCGAGACGGGUCAUGCCAUCACAACUCAGUUCUGUCCUCUGUGUCGGCGUCAUACAAGGGUAUAGGAGACCUCACCUCCCGAUUCGAAUUCACUUCCCGAUAUAACGACCUAGCACGAGAUCUAGACGCGAACCUGGCUGAAGCAGACAUCGAAAGUUUUAAGACCGAAGACAUCCACGCCCUCUUGAUGACUACGAACUUGCCUGAUGAUAGAACUAAUAAUAGUAACCCUCACGGAGAAAUGUUUGCGAGCAUCUCAAGCUCGCUGAUGGACAAAUUUCGUUUCGACAGUUCCAUCAGUGUCCACAGUAGUUGUCAGGGAGAAGAAUCCGUCGGUUCUAUCAACACAAUGUCAAUAUGCAAAUCGGAAUUACUAUUUUCGCCGGUUAAAGAGGGUGCUCAUGGUGUCCACUUCAGUGUUGACAGUCUAGACUGUGAAUUACCAACAGAGCAGGAUCUCAUCCUAACGUGUCAAGCCAAUAAGGAUAACUAUACUAUAGCUUUUGAGGGAAGUCUCACCAUCUACUCCGAGGACAGUGAGUGUGCUGAAACUGCCGUCAAUCAAAAACAUGACAAACUGGAUAAAGAUGAUAUGCGAAUAAUAUUAGAUAGUGAUGAAAGAACGCGCAGGAAUUUAGAAUUAUUAGAAAGAUGUAAGAAACUAACAAAUAAGCUAACGACGUCUAUGGCUAGGAGCGACUUAGGUUUAACUACGUGGAGUAAGCUCAAAAAACAAACCAGUCAAUUGCCCUUACAAAGGCAUCCAUCGGGUAAUAACAAUGAAAAUUCAAACGAGUCAACAGAUGCUACAAAUGAAAUGAACAAUUCUGUAAUAAAAAGUCAAAGUCUACCAAAUCUAUACAGGCGGAAACUUAUGAGUAGCUCUAUAAAUUCGGCAGCCUUAAGCAAUUCAACGGUCGAUUCCUUCACCGUAAACCAAAGGUUACAUAGUACUCCUAUAUGUAUGAAAGUAUAUGAUGUUUCACAAAACCGCUCUCAAGGAAGCCAACACUCAGAGCCCAUGAGUACAUCAUCGACCGACCAAACCUCCACAGAUAAAAGCCAAACGAAGCAACAGUCCUUUAACUUAGUCAAACUUUUCAUGAAACAAAAGAGCGAUAGUAAUGAAGGAAUCGUAACGAUGGAUCAGCUUGAUCGCUCAGAGUGUUGGCCGAGCUCUGGAGGUGAGAGUGGUGAAUCACUGGGAGAGCACAAAGCUGAAAUUAAUAAAUCUAUAUCUACGAGACCCCAGGCAGAGCUACCGAUUGAAGCAACAGAAGAAACAUCCUCUUUAUUUUACGAUGAAAUAAGAACUAAUCCAUUCAAUAGAGUAUACGAUGAGGUCUUAUUAGAAGAAGAAGAAUCAGAUGGAGCUAAGUUAAGUGAUAGCGAUAGUAAUCUGUAUGCUGUAGUAAAUAAGCCGCGCAUAAGGCGAACCAAUACCAACCUGAUGAAUAGUCCUUCUAGAAUAAGACAUAAUAAAAAAUCGGUUUCUUCACAUUCGUCAGCUACGAGCGUCAGUAUCUCAAGUUGCUCAGAAUCUGACGGCACCCAAAUAACCAAAAUGAAUAAGAUGAUACACCGAGAGCCUUGUGAUACAAAGUCAACAUCAACUCAUUUUGAAAGCAGCACUGAAGAUAAAUGUAUGCAAACAUCUAAUUUACAAACGAGCGUAUCACAUGAGAGAGAGUUAUACAAAGUGGUUGAAGCGUCAUUCUUAGAAAAAUUGAAGGAAGGUGAUUGUGAAAAGCCGGUAUUCGUAUUGUACCCUAAUUACACUUUGCCUGAUAUAAGUUUCUUGAACGGUAGACCCAAUAUUUACCUUAGCCCAGUAAAAGUCAACAUGUCGUCAAAAACAGACAGUAAAAGAAAUCGAACACAGGUUAAGGGAAAGAGACCCUUUUCUUGUAACGAUGUCGAAAUGUUAAAGAAAAAAGGCCUAGGACAUAUUAAAGACUGGGAUUCUCUGAAUUUCUUACUACCGCUUGAAUGUAGACAACUAUUAUCAGAGGUACCCGAAUUAAUGCAGCACAUGAAAGAAAAAGAAACUAUUCAUAAGUGCACCGAAAAAUAUUGUACUGCAACUCCUGCCUCACGGCUAAGAAAUAGGCCAUUGAGCUGUGAUUGCAAUAACUUAGCGAAUGCUACAGCCGUGUCAUCUAGUUCUAGUACUGCCACGCAACCGUCCUCUGGUUACAGAGGGUCUUCGACUAUGUUAACUGAUUCGUCUGCCCAAAACAGUCCAGCGCCAGCUGGAAACUUUAAUCCUCUGUUUGUUUAUCGCUACGAUAGCGCUACAAGCUCCGAGGCCAGUGGGGUGCAUAAUGAUUCACAAAAAACAAAUCCAACUGUGCCCAAGCGAUCUCUUUCUCUAGCUGAUCAACAUCGGUUAGGAAAGCAAGGUGAGCCUGUACCUCCAAGGCCACCCCUACCAAAAAGUAUUCUCAGGAAAUCUUUAGAUAAAACCAAAAAGUCGAACGCGCACACUAAACGAUACAGCAUGUUUGAAAUGGAAGAUCUUGUACAAGAUCCUCUAGCUUGCGCAACAGCAGCAGUAGAGCAAAAAACAAAAAGACGGUCUCUUCAAGAACCUUAUUAUCUUCAAAAUCAAAACAUAGACUGUAGGAAGAAUAAUGAUUUAGCUGCAAAAAGAUUAUCGCAGCAAUUUUUAGAUGCGGCUGAAAAAGAUAUCGAUUACAAUGAGUACUACCAAGAUGAAGGUGUUGGUACGGAAAGCAGUCUUGAAUCAGGAAAAUCGAACGAAUUAAGAUAUCAUAGACCACACACUCCUCCAAUGCCCAAACCACGAACAAAGAAAUUGGAAUACAUAGAAUUUCCACCACCUGGUGCACUCAUCAGCAGCGCCGAUUUACAGCAACUUGAAGAGUUCUUAAAGCAAAGUGGUGUUAACUGUCAAAAUAUGGACGAGUGGGAUCAAACUCAAGUACAAAAGGUAAGAAGUCAGGUUACCAAGUUCUUACAAAUGAAGCGGUCUCAAGAGGAGAAUCAGAGGUCCACAGACUCUAGUGCCAGCAGUUGCAAUAGCAAAAAAUCUGUAAGUUUUGCCCAGAAGUCAGAGGUGAAGAGUGACGUUCCACAAUCGAAAGCUGUGGAAGAGCUUAAGGUAGUUAAUCCCGUCACUCCACCUAACUCGCCUAACAUUUCAGCUGUGGUAGCACUACGACUUUAUCAGGGAAAAAAUCUAGCGGAAAUGCCAAUUUGUGAAGAGGCUGAAGUAAGCCCAGAUGAAUUUGCAAGUCCCACUCGACAUGAAGGAAGGGCUAAAUACGAUUUAAUAGAUGUAUCCCAGAAACGAGCUCUAGUCUCAAAUGUAACUGAUGCUGUGGAAAUGUUAAUACAACACUUUUCAUCUGCUACGGAUCAAGCUGAACUUGCUUUCCUUGGUGAUUCGAAACAGUCUCCGACAUGCGCCAAGAUUGCACUAAAUGCGUUAUGUCCAGCACUUUACGCCAUAUUUAGAGAUGGUCUAAAAGAAAAUAUCGAAACAUCUUUUGGUGCGGUCAAUAACUCUGUUUGGCAAAUGGUGGAAUCUACUGCAAGACAAGGUCCUAUCACAAAAUCCCUCAAUGAGUUAGUGUUGAGAAUAAACAGCGAGGACGCAGUGACGGAAGGGCUGGUCAAAUUCAACGCAUUCAUUUUAGGUCUUCUUAAUGCGCAGUCCGUUGAUGCAUGGGUAUCGUAUGUAAGAACUCGGGAGUCCAUACUAGCUAAACAUUAUGACCCUGAUUCUCUCAUACUUGCCGGGUGCGUUGGCGAACCGCGUUGCAGAGCAUUACUGGAUACAUUGUUGGCCAGCCUUGAACCUCUCCGUCUAUUACCCUUCUCCUUGGAUCUCAUGUUUGAAAUGCGUGAACUACAUAGAAGCUUCAAGCGUAUCGAAAGCGAUAUGAGGGCAGCGAGUCGGCCAACUACGAUUAACACCCCGCAACUAACCCUGAACCAGCUGAAUAUACUGAAAUUGGUCCGUUCGAUGCAGUCCAGUGGAAUGAGCGAUGAUUCCCAAGCAAGCGUCAUAAUGCGAAACAAAGAUCCUAAAAAUAAAGAGCCAUCAACCCCUGACCUUCUCAAUGAUACGGCAAAUAUAAAGACUACUAUAGAAAAGAAUAGGCCAAGGUCCUGUGUUAAUCCCAGUCCCCUCGGUUACGACAUAUGUCCGAAUAAUAGCAGGAUUGAAGAGAACAAUAGGCGAUGGUCAGGGGUACAGUUGGGUUCUAAAUUGAUGCAAGCUUUCGACCGCUUGGUACUUGACGACAGUGACGAUUACACAGAUAGUCUAGAGAACAAAGCUACUACAAAACCCUCCACGGUCGAAAUGAAGCUCGAUACCAGCGGUGAAGAGCAAUGGCGACCCAGCUCAGUCAAUAGCUGUGGAAGUGGCAACACCGCACAGGGCAGCAAUAACUCUGGAGGCAAAUUCCGGAAACUCCAGCUUAAAUGGGAGAUGAUGAGCAAUGCGGAAAGCCCUGUUACACCACCCAGUGAGACAUCGCCGGCGGCCGCACGUGGUUCUAAGAUUCCGCGACCCGUGUCAUCGCCCGUUCGACCGCAAGCGCCCGCAUUACCAUCGCCUGCUAAGAACACGCUUCGAGGAAUACCGGUAGCUGUUCGCAAAGGGGCGCCCCCAACUAUAUCCACACCACGAACACAAACCACACAACGCGGUGUUGGUAACAAAAAACCACCGCAAGCGGCAAACAGAAUUAUACCUGACACGAAAAGGAAUAUCUUCGAGAAAGCGAGGACCAAUCAAAGAAUUGAUAAAAAUGCUAAAAAGGCGCCGACUUCCCGAGUAGACCAGGCACAAGGACCCAGCGGCGUGUCUCCCCGCCCUUCGUCUUUGCCGUACGGUCGCGCCGCCCCACCCGCAACUCCAAGGCGAGCGGCCUCAUCAUCCGCCGCCCGCGCCCAUACACAACAGAAACACAAGUACGUGCGAACGCUAUGGCAUCGACUGCCUUCAGACUCCGGUCAUUUGGCGUUCAACGAAGGUGAACGAUUGCGGCUUAUACUGGAGGUGGAUGACCAGUACUUACUAUGCUGUAGGGGCGAACAGAAGGGCCUUGUGCCCAGAGAUGCCGUGCUCCUAGAGGACUUCUGAUAUUGGCCCGCCUAGCGCGACUGGCAGCCGUAUUGGCGACCACUGAAGCUUGCCAGACAUUAACUGGGCAAAAUCAGUGCCAAACGGCUGCUUCAAGUGCAAUAAGCCAGAACAGUGAAUCGUGUGAUAAUUGUGAUCUUAGUAGAGUAAAAGUGGAACGAGAUAUUGACGUUACCUUUCGAAUAGGUCUCUGGGCAGGGAACUACGUUUUAACAUUUUUUUUCUUCAUUUUCUACGAUUCUUAUUGGAAUCUCUUUUAUUCAAUGACCAUUUAUUUUGACUUGACAUCUAUGACAAUAUUAUUUUAUAUAUCGUAGUUCCCCGUUCCGAGACACAUUUAUUCUUUGGAAAUCGAUUUCGCACAUUGUAUGUAUCUAUAGUAAAAUCUAGUCUUACGUUUAAGGCACUUAUAUACAUCUGUAAAUAUAUUAUAACGCAAAUCGGGGGAAUAUUCACCUUUAAUGAUACUAGAAUAACGCAUUUAGGAAUUUAUAAUGACAUAUUGACGGUGAAUAUUUCCCCGAUGUGAAUGUUAACUCUAGGGACAUAAUCUCCGAACCGGCCGCGGGAAAGACGCCCUUUAAAAUUUUUAGAUAAACAGAUAUUGGUGUCUAAAUUAUAUCAUAACGUUAUCGUAUCGGUGUUAGUCGUUUAGCAAUAAUGGGUCGAUUGAAUCCCGGGCACAAGUUGAUACGCGGACCGCGGAUGUAACAAUGCUUUCUCAUUAACAGCAUGCGGCCUUUCCAUAUUACCCUCCUUUCUAAUUCGGGUCUGUUUAGGUCGAUAUGGGCUUUAACUCGGUUGUGGAACUAAUCGCAUGGCCUUUCCGAUUUUCCGUUCCUCGUGUCCAUAUUUCUACCACGCGGUGUUGGAUCAUAACAUUUUUUGACUUGAUUACAUGCGCCUAUCCAUUUUCAUGUCCUUUGUCAUCCAACAUUGUUCAUUCGACCCUCUUAACUUAAGUGUAUUGUAUCAGAUGCUGAACAUUGCAAGGAACCGGUGUGUCCAUAUUUAAGAUGAUAUCUUUAACUGAAUCAUUUAAUUGAUACCCGUGGCCUAGCAUGCGCUUUCGCCAAAUAUGAUAAUAAUAUUGUGAUAGUCAAUCAUAUCACUGCUUAAUAUGCAACUAUUGUGAGAAAGAUAUUUUUGGUACGUACGUAUUGCUCAAGGGGUUAGAUGUAAAUGUUAAUAAUACUCUAAAUGUAAUGUACUCGAAAUUCCAGUUAUACGUAUAGUUUUGUAAAUAUUGUUAAUCAAAAGGUGAAAAUUUAAACCUUUAUGCACGAUACAGUUCCUCUCGUAGUCGUGCUAUUGAGUCACAAAUUGGCGAUUGUAGUUUUAUUAUUGGUGUGUCGUAGAACGAAAUUGUAGUCGAGCGCGUCUUUCCCGGGGCUGAACGAACCGACCUCUUGCCGACGAUCUCAGAGGCACAUGAGCGUCACUAGACAAUCAUUUGUACAUGCCUUUGAAGGAUUCCGUCAAAUGUUUGCCACGUGAACGAACUUUUGACGAAAUGUGUGAAAGGCAAAAGGACUGUAUUAUAGUGUGUAAUUUAUACAAUAAUUAGUUUAGGGAUGUUGAUUGUAGUUUGACUUUCAUAUGUUGUGCGAAUUUGGUAAUAUAUAAUUGAACAUUGUCAUUACUCUGCGCUUGACUGAAUGUGUUGUGGCCUUUGGAUGUAUUGAAGUUUGUCGUUGUGUGAGUGAGCUUUGCAUCAAACCAUAUUAAUCGGAUUGCUUCCACUAAAUAUGUAUAAAUAGAUCGAUCAAUCCAGUAACCGUAUAGAUUAGCUUAAUAACAUGCCUUAAAUCACAGUUCUAUAGAGUGGAAAUAUAAUAGCUCGCUUCUAUUGCAUUGAAAAUAAACGCUUUGGAAGUUAGCGUAAUUUAAAUAGUGAAGUUCUUUAGUGAUAAGUUUUUAACAGUUUGUAUGAAAUGAUAAGUUGUGAAAGAAAUUCCUGCGCGUUUGAAGGUGUCGAAGUGAAUGGUGAGAACUCUGCGUACAAAAGAUUUAUUUAUAAUUUCAUUGUGUAAUUUUAUUUGCGAUUUGGGAUCAAUAAUUUUUAUUGUGUUGAAAUUUUAUUUUCUUAUAAAAUUAAAAAAAAAAUAUAUAAAAAGAAACUUUCGUCAAGCGAAAGUGUCGAACGACUGAGAAAUAAUUCCGAAUAUAUUAAGUUUAAUUUCGAAAAUUCUGUGUUCCGAUCAUUGAUUCAUUAUCCAUUUGUGUAUGUAUUAUUUAAAGAUAUUAUUAUGUUAAGUGCCAUAAUUUAAUAAAUUAACAUUGAAUAUUAUGCAUAACCAUGUACACCAAUUAAAUAACUAUAUAAUAUGAAUAAAA